AUGCGCUGCCACAAAGUGCUCCGGUUUGUUUUCUUUGUACCAAUAUCGCUUGGUAGUCCAGUGCCUUCCUAUACAUCGAAAGAAGCUCAGGAUGUCCCAGACAUCUUUAACAAGCUAUUCAACACAUCCACAAGUCACGCUCCCUUCAGCACGGACAUAUAUCAAGAGCUAUCUCAGCUCCAAGCCAGGAUAUCGGAUAUUGCAACAGGCAAAAUCAAGCCAAUUUCAACCAUCGAAGAAGGUCUCUCAGUCCUUUCCUCAAUUCCACACGACAACAACCGAACAAGCCUUCAAAACGCCAUCGACAUAGUAUCCCUAGGUCUAGUCCCAUCAAGCAUCACCGACAUUCUCAACGGCAUAACAAACCACGAAAUAAACUCCAUAACUAACAACAACACGAAGAACCCAACCCCACGGAUCCACCCAACAAGAUCGUUCGGAGACGCACCCUACGACAUCCCCGAAGAAACACUCCGCAGCGCAAUUUACAUCCCCCCAACCUUUUCCUACGGCGAAAACAACAGAAUCCCCGUCCUCCUAGUCCCAGGAACCGCCGAUCCAGCCGGCAGCACCUACUACUUCAGCUACGCGAAACUUUUUACCGCAAACCCACACACAGACCCAGUAUGGGUCAACAUCCCAGACAACUCGCUGGGUGACAUCCAAAGCAACGCGGAGUACGUUGCAUACGCAAUAAACUACAUCUCGGCGCUCUCGCAGCGUCCGAUUGGGGUCCUAACCUGGUCGCAAGGCAGCAUAGACGUGCAAUGGGCGCUGAAAUACUGGCCGUCGACACGAGUCGCGGUAAGCGAUUUCAUGGCUGUGAGUGGUGAUUUCCACGGGACGCUUCUUGCGACGCUGUGCGUGUUCGCCAAGCCGUUUUGUUCGCCGGCUGUGCAGCAGCAGGCUGACGAGCGUGUACUCUGGAAUGACUUUAUUGUUCAACCUCAGAGUGGGGAUUGGGCCUCUGCGGCCCUGGGGGAUGUGCGUGGGGUUGGGGUGUCAAAUGUACAGGUGCAGGUUGCUUGUGCAGGAGGUGCUGCCGGGGGUUCUUAUUCACAUUCGGCUAUGUUGGUUAAUCCGUUGGCGUAUGCUUUGUUUGUUGACGCUUUGGUUCAUGAUGGGCCUGGGAAGUUGGAGAGGAUUGACCUUGAUGCUAUUUGCGGGGAGUCUCUUGCGCCUGGUUUGGAUGUGGAUGAUUUUUUGGGCAUCGAGGCUGUGUCGAAUGUGAUUGGGGUGCUGGAUGUGUUGUUGUAUGGGUAUAAUGGGAAUGAGGAGCCAUCGCUUAGGGACUAUGUUCACCACUAG